UGUAUGGGUGGGUGGGUAGGUUGAGGGGGGGGGUCCUAGCCCCAUUAACCCGUCCCGUGGAUCGGUUCCGAACACCGGCUUGGCGGAUUCUUGGAUAGCCCUCUAACCCCCUUCCUCUUACCUAUUGAGCACAUCGAAUGCACGGCGGCGAGACCUUCGUCGGCCGUCGAGGAAGGCGACGAGCACUGUCCGAGGAGUGAAGGACUUGCUCAAGAGCGGGAUGUGGGGCACGCAGAGGACGAGAAGCGAGAGAGACCUGAUGGCGGCGCGGGGGAUGGUGGAAGAAGAAGUAUGAUGGAUGGAUAUGUGCGUUCAUCAUCUACUCGACAUUGUAAUCUAUGUUCAAGGAUUUUCCUUUCCUCUUUUCAGACUCCCGCGUGUGUUGUUCUCUCCUGCAGAGAGCUCUUGGGGGGGGGGGGGGUUUCCGUCCCGGUUUCCAGCCUCGUUCGUCCCGUUGCCAUGCCCUUUCUCGUAUUGCCAAUCCCUUCCGCGUCCCGAUCCCGUGUGAAUGAUCGAGGGGGAAUGGCACUCAUCUCAUGUCCGGGUGUUUUUUUCGUGUACGCCCGGAACGCCGCUUGCUCGCUCGCCCUGCAUGAAAAGAAAAAUUCAAACCAACUCAUGUCCACACUUCAUCGCUCUCUCGCCUUCUUGCUUUCGUGCUCGUCUCCAAAGAGACAGAUCCCGGGUGGCCUCCCGCAACAUUUGAACUACAAUACCCUUGCACUGCCCAGCCUUGAGCAGCAAGACACCAUGUCCACCUGCGUGGCUCCUCCUCGUCCGUCUUUCCGCUUGCUUCGCUGCAAAUGUUACCACCCCAACCCGUUUUCGCUCCCAGAAGUAACAGAAUGUUGCCAUAUACCCAGGCCCGACUUGCAAGGAAAGCCUAAAUCAGUGCGAUCCCAGUCUGGGCGGGGUUCAUUACGAAUACAGUAGACGAUCAAGGGAGACUAAGAAAUGAAGUGAAAAGAGAAGAAAUAGCAAAACUGUAAUACGCCCUUACGCCAACUUUUCCACGUCGCCAGACGAAAGAAAA